AUGCCUUUGGUAGCCAGAAAGCAAGUUGAAAAUGAGCUGGAAGCGUCCUUACUACGGCUAGCUUCCAUGGUGCCUGGAGGUGCUGUGAAACCUGGAGAUGAAGGCUCAAGGCCUCACUUGGCUGUGAACCUCCAAACCACAGUGCUAAUUGCCAAGCAGGAUGGGGCCACUGAUGGUGAGACUAAGAUCAAGAUUGGAGAGCCAGCUUCAGAGGAGGAGAUGACAGGAAACAUUGAAACGCUGACUGAAGAAUCUGGCAGCCUCCAGGAGGAUGCUCUCCAGAAUUCCAAAGGCAAAGAAUUCUGGGAAUUGGGGGAUGAAUUGAAUGACCAGAACCUCUUAAAAAGAAGACAGUAUAACUGUAAUGAAUGUGGCCAAAGCUUUGCUUGGAAUACAGGUCUUGUUAGGCACCAGAGAAUUCACUGGGAGAAAGCUUAUGAAUGUGAUGAGUGUGGGAAGGCCUUUCGUGUAAGUUCAGCCCUGGUUCUGCAUCAGAGGAUUCAUACUGGAGAGAAACCCUACCCUUGUAAUUGGUGUAUUAAAAGUUUUAGUCGGAGCUCAGACCUUAUUAAACAUCAAAGAAUCCACACUGGUGAAAAACCUUACAAAUGUGAUGCAUGUGGGAAAGCCUUCAGUCAGAGCUCAGAUCUUAUUAUACAUCAGAGAAUCCAUACAGGAGAAAAACCCUAUCAAUGCAGUCAUUGUGGUAAAAGUUUUAGCCAGCGCUCAGACAUGGUUAAACAUCAGAGAACCCACACUGGGGAGAAGCCUUAUAUAUGUAACCAGUGUAACAAACAUUUCAGUCAGAGUUCUGAUCUUACAAAACAUCAAAGAAUCCACACUGGGGAGAAGCCGUAUAAGUGUGACGUGUGUGGGAAAGCCUUCAGUCAGAGCUCCGAUCUUACUCUACACCAGAGAAUCCAUACUGGGGAGAAGCCAUAUUCAUGUGGUCAGUGUAACAAAAGUUUUAGUCAGAGUUCAGACCUUACUAAACACAGAAGGGUUCACACUGGAGAGAAACCAUAUAAAUGCAAUGAAUGUGGAAAGGCUUUUAAUCAGAGCUCAGUUCUUAUUCUGCAUCAAAGAAUUCAUACUGGAGAGAAACCCUAUCUAUGUAAUCAGUGUAUCAAAACCUUCAGUAGGCUUUCAGAUCUUAUUAAUCAUCAACGAAUUCACACUGGAGAGAAGCCUUACCCAUGUAGUCAGUGUAGUAAAAUGUUUAGUAGAAGGUCAGAUCUUAUUAAACAUUAUAGAACUCAUACUGGGGAGAAACCCUAUGAAUGUGAUGAAUGUGGUAAAACUUUUAGUCAGAGUUCCAACCUUAUUCUCCACCAGAGAAUCCACACUGGAGAAAAACCAUAUCCUUGCAGUGGUUGUUCUAAAAGUUUUAGUCGCCGUUCAGAUCUCGUAAAGCAUCAAAGAAUACAUACUGGAGAAAAACCAUAUACAUGUAAUCUGUGCAAUAAAAGUUUUAGUCAAAGUUCAGAUCUCACUAAACAUCAGAGAAUACAUUGUGGUGACAAGCCCUACCACUGUGACAGCUGUGACAAAGCCUUCAGUCAGAGUUCUGACCUUAUCCUUCACCAUAGAAUCCACACGGGAGAAAAACCAUAUGCAUGUACACAGUGCACUAGAAGUUUCAGUCAGAAUUCAGACCUUACUAAACACCAGAGAAUCCACACUGGAGAGAAACCUUAUAAAUGUAAUGUGUGUGGGAAGGCUUUCAGUCAGUGCUCAGCUCUAACCCUUCAUCAGAGAAUCCAUACUGGAGAGAAACCAUACCCAUGUGUUCAAUGUGGCAAAAGCUUUAGUAGGCGCUCUGAUCUCAUUAACCAUCAAAGAAUCCACACUGGUGAAAAAUGAUACUUGUGGGAAACCCUUCAGCACUGUGACCAUUGUUACUGAACAUCCGAGGAUGCAGAGAGAAGAGAAGCUCUACCCUCAUGGUCAGGGUAGCAGAUGUUUUAACAAACCUGAUCUUGGUACUUUAAGAAAAUCCAUCCUAGCCAGGUGGUGAUAGUGCAUGCCUUUAAUCUCAGCACUUGAGAGGCAAAGUCAGGAGGAUUUCUGAGUUCGAGGCUAGCCAGAUCUACAGAGCAAGCUCCAGGACAACAAGGGCUACACAGAGAAACCCUGCCUGGGAGGGGAAAAAAAAGAAAUAUGAAGGAAGGAAAAGAAAGGGAGAAAGAAAGAAAAAGGAAAGAUCCAUUCUGAGGAGGAAGACUGCAUAAAUGUGAUAAAUGUGGGAAAACCUGGAGUGCACAAAUUCUGGUACCAUACUAGAACAAAAAUCUUACCAAUGCUAUAAUGACCAUGAAAAAGGUUUUAAUCAAUGUCCAACCCAUGCUCCAUUCAAAAAGUACUGGAAAAACGAAUUUUAUAAGAAUUUAACUUUGAGCUCAGAAUUACUAAUAUUAAGAAAAUUCUAAGGGGCUCUGGGAGUUGUGUGAAAACCUUCAUUGUUCAUAAUUUUUAAAAAAGUGAAUCAGUAGACAAAAAAUAGAAACUCUUACCUUUGCUAUAACCUAAGAAAAAUCUUUCAUUGAGUCAAUUCACAGAGAUAUCAUUAUAAAAAUGUAAGGCAUUAAUGCAGAACUUACCAUUUUUAAAAAAUCAAUAUGGAAAGUCUCAAUCAAAAUUCGGAGGGAAAUGAUUCAUAUAUAUCGUAGAAGCCCAAACUUUUACUCAGUCUCAAUUACCAACUGCAUAUCAGAAGUCAUUUCAGAGAACGUAGGGAAACCUUAAAUCCUGUAAUUAAAAUGAUAUUAAUACUGACAUCACACAUAUCCUCUAAAAGAUGGAGAGUUGUGUCCAAUGCUCAAGCCGAGUGUCUAUAAAUUCCCUGUGUAACCCCGUGUCCCUUUGUUGCAGUAAUUUGUUGGUGGUGGUCUAGUCUGGGUUUUCCUGGUGAGCAUGCGUCCCUGUGGCAGACACAGCAAUGCUAGUUUAACUUUCAGUAAUGCAGACCAAAAUUUUAUUGGUCUGAAAUCACUUCACAGCCUCUGAACACAUGAAAAAAUUAUUUUAAUGAAUAAUGUGACUAUUUUACCACCAAUUGAACAAAAAUGGAACUGUGGUAUUGUGGUACUGUAAAUACAGUAGUUCCAUGGUAUCCAUGGGGAUAUGUCCCAAGGCAUAGAACUUUGUCAAUCAGCUGAUAGUCUUGCUAAAUUCUGAUAGACUACAAAUAGGCAAAGUGCAUCACCUUUUGUGUUAGUAAUAGUAAUUAACAGCUCCAAACUCUGAGUGUCCGUGACUCGGAUCCUAGUGAUAGUGUCUUCGCUGCUCUUCUCACAGCCAGAACUAUCAGAUACCAGCAGUUCCUGCAAUUUUUGUAACAAAUGGAGCUAGACGUUCCCAGCCCUGGUUACCAGCCAUUCUCGGUGGUAACAGUUCUAAGGAAACCAGCCAGCCUGCUGCACCCCAGAAUCAUAAAUGUGCAAAACCAUCCAGCAGAGAUGCUAUUGGUACUUACGCCACAGCGAUGCAUGGCUGACGCGGAUGAGAGGAGCGGCAGAUUGCGUAGGCAAAAGGAGUGGACUCCCAUAUGUUCAUGGUGUCCCGUUGAGGAGCUGCAGGCUUUAUGCAAUUGUGGUUUGUGAGCAGGGGAGGGGCCCUUUGUGGAUAUGGAGACAACUGAAGCAGCUAAAGAGUGGCAGCAGCAGCUGGUACAAACAUGCUGUACAGCCAGAGCAAAAGUCUCUCGCUGUGGUGGCUGUGCAUUUCGGAAGACACGGGCCCUCCGUGUCACGUGGUCAGCACUGCAUCCCUAACGCCAUUCCGUUGCUUUAGCGCUUACUGCACACAUGUCUAUUAUUUGCAUUUUGAGAUGUCAGAAUAAUAAUAAAUUUUCCCUUCACAAUU